CAGUGUCCUUUUACAGACAACUAUUUUCACAAUGUUUUUCGUGGUUAAAAGUUAAGUGCGAGAAUAUCAUCUUAUUUAGUCUAACCAUCAAAACUGCAAACUAAGUUAAACCUACAACAAAACGUCGCACUGUCAAUGUUGCUGUUGUUUUACGUGAAAAUGAAAGUGAAACCUGUUAGCUCGUUGGCGCUCGAAAAGCAAGUCAGAGAGGAGUUUAGCAGUAUAGAAUCAUGUAUUUGCUAAAUAUAUUAACUUUAUUCCUAUUUCUUUGUGCCGGUGUGCAAUGUGGUCAUCAACUGUCAUGGCUGCCAUGUAAGUUUAGUGACCAUCGUGUGCUCACCAAUAAUGAGGGUGCUCGUGACGUUCAGCAGAAAGAAAGAAAUGCCAUGUUGCAGUUUGGUCACAAAGAUGACACCCCCAUUAACCCUGAUGCCAUCACUUUUCUAAUCACUGAGUCCAAACUAGACCUGCAGAGCUACUUGGAGGACGGGGAUGCGGAUCACAUAGAUUGUGUGAUUCAUAGGUCCAGCGCAGAUCCAGAUGUGAAAUGGCCUGGCCAGAAGUCCCAUGAGUACAACUGUUGGUUCAGCUUCACACUGACACACAGAGACAGCCUGUUCACUGUCUCUGGAGUCCUCAGAUACCCAAGUGAGCACCCACCUUCUGGAGAGGAGACCGCUCGCAACUGGCCUGUUAUUGAGGACAGAGAGACUCUGUUUACAACAGCGGCAAUGAUCAUGAAAACGCAAACUCCGUCUGUGACAUCCGGCCUGGGGUUCCAAAAAAAGCUCCACUGCCAGUUUGCUGUGGAUCACAAGAGACCAAACGUGACCGUGCGGUGGCACCAGCAGCACUACACUGAUAUCUUCAGUCAUGCCAGCCACUCCGGGAAGACCAAGGGCACAGGCGUCGACUUGAGGAAACUGGCAAGCGGUGACCUCUCUUACACCCUGCCCUUCACCAAAGUGCUCCAUGCAGGGACGUACACGUGCUCAGCGUCCGUGCUUCCGCUGUUUAUCAGCCUCAACAUAAUUCUGCAAAUUCAAGAGUCCCCGCAGGUGUCCCUCAGUGUUGCCCCUACUCUUACUUUGCAAGAGGGUGAACAGAAGAAGGUGGUUUGUGAGGCGGAGAACUACUACCCUCUAGAUGUGCACAUUGUGUGGUCCGAGCGGGAUCCGGAAGUGUCCAGCCAGCGGGUCGGUGCUCCUCUCCCCAAGGUGCUCAAGAAUCUUCUGCUCUCCAGCCAUAAACACAACACGGACAAGACCUUCUCGCUGUCGGGCUUCUUCUACCUCCAGGCUUCGCUCGAACAGUCGGGGAGGCAGUUUACAUGCACGGUUUCCCAUCAGUCCCUGCGAAUGCCCAUUAAAAAGAGCUUCAUUCUCAUAGUUGAAGAACCAAGCAGCUUGUUGUUCAUUCUCACUGUUUGCGGCUUUGUGGUCCUGCUGCUGGUCACCUUGUAUUUUGCGCUGAGCUACCUCCACCAAGCUAAAGAGCGUUUGUUGGCGAAGAAGCCAUACUGAUAUGUCACGCACGCACGGAGAAGAGCAGUGCAAAACAAAAGUAAAAAGAGAGACAUUCAUCUGAUUGACUUGAUUUAGUUCAUUAUUUCAAGUAGUGCAACCGCCAAGAUGGAACACGCUGGUUGACCUCUAAUUUGCUGGGUGCUACUUUUAUCACUGGAUCUCUGUACAUUUAUUUUUGGUCAUAAAAAUGUAUUUUUUAUCCGUGCUUUUUCACUCUCUGCCAUUUGUUGGCAGAAAACAUAAACAGAUGUGGGGGAGGGUUUUUUUGCGGUUUUCAGUAGUUGCUGGUGGUCCCGGAAAGUGACCCCCGCAAAAAGGGGCUCAAAAGUUUUACAACACCCCAAUUUUUCCAGUCCAAAACUGAGAAAUAAUGUUUAUUUCAGAAUUAUUCAAAAAUGUCUGUUUCAGGGACCACAAAAUGGGUCAACAAUUUAAAGCUGUUCUGCAAAAAUGGAGGUUGAUCAAGCCUUGGCAGUUGGUGCUACUAAUUCCUACAGUUGUUCCAAAUUCUGGAGUACUUACUUCCUCCUCUGUCUGCAUAAAAACAGUAUUCAGAACACACUAUGGUACUGUACCCUCCUGAACAGAAUAAUUAGCUACAAAAAUGGCAAGAAAAAGGGAAUUAACAACGAAAGAGAGACAGACCAUCUUAACACUUAAGUUUUUCCUCCAGAGAAAUGGGAGUGUUCUAAAACUUUUGACCGGUAGUGUAUAUAAAUAAAUGUAUAUUAAAAUUGAAAGAGAAUGAAAACUAUCUUAAAAAUGUAAAUAUAUUUUUAAAUUAUAUAUAUAUAUACUACCCUUGUUAUUAUUGAUAUUUGGAUCUAUCCGCCCACCCCGACUUUGCGCUCAUCCGACUAACGCUCGCGUUGCUCAACUAAUCAGACGAGACGUGGCUGCCAUAAUACGGUAGUUCCUAUCAUAAAUAAAAUGAUUCCACUGUGUUGUGAUGUCCUCUGUGGCUGGGAGAUGAUGUAAUGGUGUGACAAGAUGUGCAUCCAACAACAAUUUGCUUAGCUUUUGGCUUUCACAUACGAGAGUGGUGGUGUUGUCCUGCCGUCACUUGUAAAAAAAGAAAAUGGCAGCUCUCGGGCAGGCGCCACAGGAGCCCAAACAUGUGAACAAGCAAUAAUAAUAAUCAGUUGUCCGUAAUGUAUGUCUCCUUUUAUGUAUUGUUCGUUCCUUAACGUAGCAACGCACAACUACGUAUUUUUCCUCUGCGUGCACGUAGCUAGUUCUCUCUUCCCAACAAUCCUCCACAGACAAUGUAUGAAGACCCUCUCCACUGAAAUGAAUUACCACCAACUCGUCAGGCUCCCAUCUUUCUGCAGAAUUGUUCAGUGGAAAUGAGAGGUUAUCAUAACAUUUCAUUUCAUAAAAACACACCACAAACAACUGAUGACACAGCUUUAGCACUAGAAAUUCAAGUUACAAUCGUAUGUGUACAUCAGGGGUGUCCAAAGUGCGAGUCUAAAAAUGCAAUUUAACAAAGAAACUUUAAAAAAAAACAACACAACAGAAGCAAAUAUGGGAAAAUCAAUCUAAAGUCAAAAUAUUAAGAGAAAAAUGGUAAACUAGCAAGGAAAAAGAGCCAUCAUUUCCCAAGAAUAAAGUAAUAGUGUGAGGGAAAAUGUC